UUGUACUAAACUUUUUUUAAAAACUCAACCCUUCUCUUGGUGAAUUUUUCUUCAUUCUCCUGUUGUGUUCCCCUGACACCGACUUCAAGUGGUAAGUCCUUUUAAAUUGUAGGGUACCCCCCAUUCCCAGCAGUUGGGGUUUUUACCCUGGCUCCUUAGAUUCUAUGGGGCUCCUGGGCAGAUAAAGAGACACCAUUUUGUCCUUUGCAUCACGUAGACGUUUCCUAAAGUAGCGAAGGUUACACUUCCGGUGGAACAAAUAUGGAAAAUAUUGGAACAACAGUCUCUUCCUGAGAUUCUUGAGUCUAUGUGUUUUUACACAUGUUACUUCUCAUCACCAUUCAGUUCAUCACAAACAUGGCUCAGUUCUGCUGUGACUGGUUUGCUCAUUAGAGACAGCUCUCACAAUUUUUUUUUUUUUUAAACAUCUCAUCACAAUUUUCUGUCAACGUUGUAAACUGUGUUUGCAUUUAAGGCAUUUUUGCUUUAAAUCCUUUCCCUAAGUCCUUAACCUGUAGCCCAAGUACAGCAACAUUACUAAAAGCACUAUCUGUCACAUAGUGUAUGUCUAAGUUAUUUAUGGGAGGAUUAAUAUUAAUUUACCAUCGACUUCAACUUUUAUUUUGUAAGACAAGUGCUAUUUUGUGACACCUAAGAUGGCUUUAACUUACAUAUUUUCUUAAAAAAUAAAUAAAUAAAUAAAUAAAAUAUUGGGAUUUUGCUAUGCUGUGAAAAUACUAUAAAUAUAUUUUUGUCCCUAUCACUCAAACAUGGCAUAAACUAUAAAGUGUGAUAAAAUGAGGAGGAAAAAGACAAUUACAAAGCCUAAUUUUUUAAAUAUGAAAAUGCAUCAUUCUCAAAAACUCUAUAAUCAUGGAAACCUCACUUGCAACUUAAAAAAAAUUAUAUUUCACUGAUCUCUGCCUUUAAAUGAACCUGCUGAUUGGAUGUGGAUCAACCUAAUUCUGAAGUCAUAAAUUGUCAUAAAAAACUUACUAAAACUACAUUUUUCAACAUUCAGAAUGCAAAUGACUAAUUCUCAUGGUUUAAAAAAAACACUUAAGCCCAAAAUGUGAAGCUGCAUCUUCUGACAGUAAGUACUUUCACAUCCAUACUUUGCGCUGUAGUCUAUACAACAAAUGCCGCAGCAAACAAUGCUAAUAUGUAUGAUUUGGUCCAGAACCUUCAUCAAAAUGUGAGGGGAUGUCACAUUUGCACUAACAUUCCACAUAUGACUAAAUGAUUUGGUUAAUCUGAAUUCAAACAGUGCCAGCUGGGGGUCCACUCUGCACAGUGGGAGAAUUGGUCGAGUAAUAUCAACACAGUUGUGAUUACUUUAUCGAAACCGUAGGGUGCUCCAAUCAGAGACGAAUCACUCUCCUCAUUACAAACUACAGGGCCAAAUCACAGUGGGUGGACCACAGAAUCAGGCUUUGUAUCGUCCCACUGAAAUUAAUUGGAAUUCAUUUGUGGCACCCUGAUGUUCCCCAUCAACACUCUGACUCAUUUGCAUUUGCACAAUGCAUCCCUGGUUCAUUAGGCACAGGCACAUUUUAAGUUUGUUUGGGCAGAGGUUGAAUUCAGUGGACUGGAAUUCAGGUUUAAGUCAAGUUAUAGUUUGUUCGUAUUAUCACAUAUUGCAUUUUAACUUUGGUAAAAGCAAGAAAAAUAAUCUGACCAGAACUGCUCCAAGUAAGCAGUGCCAAAGAUAUAUCCAUUUUAGAUGCAGUAAAACAGCAUAAAAAACUGGAUGCAAUAUAUUUGUUGCAGUUUAAUGACUCAUCAGAUUUAAAUAAACUAAUUUGGUGAGGUUAAAGAUUUAUUUUCUCAAAAGCAAAUCCAAGUAUUACUCUUGGAUAAAAAAAUAGGCUAUUUUACAUACAUCACCAAACAGUUGGCAGUAACUGCAUUUACCAUUCCAAUCUGACUAACUUAAUGUCUUGUCUGUCACUGAAAUCCUAAAAUUUAAGCUCACACUAUGAUUAAAUGAUGCACCUGACUUAAUGGCAGCCACAUGUUGUAGCACUGUUAGGCUAAUUAUUUUAAUUUGUGUAUAGAGCACAUAUAAUAUUAUAUUUUAUUAUAAAUAAAUAAAAAAUAAUACAAAUGAAUAUACAAAAUGUGGGGACAAGAGUAUAUAAAUGGUUCAAACUGUGAUUUACUAGGGGCAGGUGCAAUUCUAAUGGCUACAACUUUUCUGCCAUCAAACCCCAUGGGCAAUAUCAACUCUUUGACCAAUAAAAAUGAGGUAAAAAUAUGUUUUAUAGAGACCUGGUUGAAUAAUGAUACUCUAGAUAAACACCCCCAAAACAUAAGACAAAGUAGUGGAUUUUCAAAACCUUAAAUGUCGUCUUCACACAGUAAAUAUCUGUAGAGAGGACAUCGAUGCAGUGCAGACCUAGAAAUACCUGAGUGUGCAUCUGGACAUGAACAGGAUAAGAUGGACCAGUCACUGAAUGAAAAUGCACUCUAUUGAAAGGGACUGAGUCAGCUAUUUUUCGGAGGAGGCUCAGGUCUUUUAAUACCUGCAGUCGGAUGCUACACGUUUGACAAGUCAUGUAUGCUUAUCUAACCUGUGGUCAGAUCAUUGUCUUCACCAUAUUCUAAGUAAUCAGAGAAGCAACUGCAGUCAAUGACCCAUUUCACUGCACUAAAAGACUGAGCAUUAAAAAAGGUCCUUGGUCCCCACUGUCAUCAGACUCUACCUUAAUGAAUGGUAGAAGUGAAAUGCUUUGACAACUAUACUAGUGAGACUUAAAAUGAAUAUUUGAACUUACUAAUGUUACUUUUUGUAAAUACUGAACUAAUGACUCAUUUUAUUUUCUAUUUUCAUUUACACUGAGCUACAGGAGAAUGACAUUUCCCAAUGAAGCUCAUCUCACAUUAGAGCUGUAGCUGUAAAGUAUUUGUAAGAAAGAAAGAGAAAAGGGUGGGAUAAAUUCCAGCUACUCUUACCUCAGCAUCUUGUUCUUGCUGUCACUCCAAAAGCAGGUAUCAGGUCUCCAAUACAUCCACAGAUCCACACCUAUCCAGAAAUACACUUCCAGUUUAUUACCAUACUCUUCAGUUUUUGUUUACCUGGUUAAUAGAAAUCCACCCUGCCAAUGCAAAAACUAUCUGAAAACAUUUUGAAGGGGAUUAUGCCAAUAAAAUGAAUUAAAUAUCCCAAAGCCAAUGCAGGCAGUGAUGUAGGUAUGCUUUUUUUUGUAUCCAGCUUGAAUUGUACGUUUCAGUCACUGUGAACACGUUUUUAAAAAUAAGGAAAGAACAAAAACAAACAAACAAACAAACAAAUAAACAAAUAAAUAAAUAAAUAAAUAAAUAAAUAAAAGUAGCGUUCUUAGGGUUUAUUAGCGAAUUCACACACCUGCCAUCAACAAAACUUUAAUUUACCUCGAUUACAACUAAUUAGGCUGUCAUUAGUGAUGCCGUUUGUCAUUUAAAGAAUUAAUUGCUUUAAUCUUUUUUAAAGGGAAUGGAAAAGGUUUUUACCAAUCGGUCCUUUCUCUAAAAACUUCUGCGAAAGUAGAACAGUUAAAACAUCUGCAGUGAAAAUAACAUCCACAGGUGUCGACGAUGUCGCCAGUAGAUGGCGUCAUCAAAUUCAUGGCGCCUUCCAAACUCUUCGUACGAUCCUACUUUAUUCUUGAAAAUAAUCAAUGAAGUUCCAAAAUUACGAUAAAAUACCUGCGGAGAACGUAGGAGUAUGUUUUAAGUAGUUUCAAGUUUUUUUGUAGCAUUUUAAUGGCAUGAAUUGUUGCUACCAAACUAUUCCAAUACUAUUACUACUACAACUUUGAAUAAAUCUGUUAUUUUAGGCUAUUAUUUUUUAUUUACACGGAGGUAAAAGUUUAAAUACAUCUAUGUUGGCAAGUUAUAAGAUAAAAUAUUUCAUUAAAAGAUAUGCAUGAUAAAGAAAAAACUCUAUCCUCCCCUGUGUUCUAAGGAGGUAGUUGUUGGUAGGGUUUUUUUCCGACAGGACGGGAACGCACCACCCUGCAGAGCUGCGUGUUUUCUAUAGGUCUGUGCUGUGUUUGUGUGCCUAGUGGAACAGAGAGCUGGAAAGUUCGUGCUUUUUGUGUGCAGUUGUUCAGUAAGGUGGUCAGCAGGCUUUUACAGCGGACUGACAGAAUAUGCCUUUUUUGAAAACUGUACCAAGUGCGUCGAUCAGUUUCUGGAUGAGGUUGUGUCAUCUUCUGGUGCUCUCCUCUCUAUGGUGCUUGACAUCCGGGUAUUCUGAGAGAGACCGAGCACAUGACUUGAUGUCCAGAUAUCCUCUGAUUGAUGGUCACAAUGACCUUGCUCUUCAGCUGAGGAUACGUCAUAAUAACCGUCUGAGCCAAAUUGACCUUCACAAUGUCAGCAAAGUGGCCACCGACAUCAACCGCCUCCAAGCAGGCCAUGUGCAGGCACAGAUGUUUGCGGUCUAUGUGAUGUGUGGGGCCCAGGAGAAGGAUGCUGUGAGACUGACUCUGGAACAAAUAGACGUGGUCAGACGCAUGUGCACUGAAUAUCAGGACUUUGACCUGGUCACGUCUGUUCAGGAACUGAGAACUUCUGCGAUGAGGCAUAAAAUAGCCUGUCUGAUAAGUAUUGAAGGAGGCCACUCCAUUGACAGCAGCCUGCCAGCCCUGCGGAUGUUUUACCAGCUUGGAGUCCGAUCCAUGUCUCUCACACAUACAUGCAAUACCCCCUGGGCUGAAUCAUCCUCAAAACUCUAUGGCGUCUAUCAAAGAAAGAACAACAGCUUGACAGUGUUUGGGAGGGCUGUGGUGGAGGAGAUGAACAGGCUGGGAAUGAUCGUGGACCUCUCCCAUACUUCUUGGGACACAGCCUGGGCUGUUCUGAACCAUUCCAAGGCUCCUGUUAUUUUUAGCCAUUCAUCUUCCUACUCCAUCUGUAACCACGAACGUAAUGUACCUGAUUGGCUCCUGCACGAACUGAAAAAAAGACGGGGGCUGAUCAUGGUGAACCUCCACAAUAAAUUUAUCUCCUGCAGGGAUGAGGCAAACAUCUCUCGUGUGGCUGACCAUUUUGAUCACAUUAGGAAGAUGAUUGGAGCCGAGUCGAUAGGAAUUGGAGGAGACUUUGAAGGCGCUGUGAGGUUUCCGAAAGGGUUAGAGGAUGUGUCGAAGUACCCUGCCUUGAUUGAGGAGCUCCUGAAACGGAACUGGACUGAGAAUGACUUGGCUGAUGUCCUUCGAAACAACUUCUUGCGAGUGUUUGAAGGAGUGGAAAGGGUCCGUGAUGAGUUGAGUUUGCAAAGGCCCAGUGAGGUUGAAAUUCCCCUUGGGGAGGUGCAGAACCCUUGCCGACUGGUCCUCAGACCCCCUGACCCCAGAGGACAGCCCUCAGACAAGGCCUCAUCCUCUGCUGGUCAGCAUGCACCACCUGGUCUGCACCUGGUCUUGGCCAUAGUUCUGCUACUUUACAGCCUAUUUUCACGUUAAUGAAUGAGAAUACUAAACUAAACUCUUUUUUCUUUUAACAACUGUGUAAAAUUUAAUAUGAGUAAGAAGAGAUAGGAGGUCAUAUAAAAGCUAACUACUGUAUAUACACGAUUCCAGAAUAUAAUCUAUAUAUAUAUAUACAUUUUAUUAAUCUAUGAAUUUAUUUAUAAGUAACUUGUUGCAGUGAUUCUGACAUCAUCUCAACAAAUGAACAUGACAUGAAAGAAAAUAAUAAGACUGAGAAAUAAAACUGCAGAUGAAGUUGUUUUAAAAUGUCUGAUUCAGUUCUUGAUUUGCAUAACCAGUACACGGCUAUAAGACUGAUAAGGUCUGGUUAAUAAAUAUUUACUCCACAGACAGUAUUGUGUAACCUAAAUUUAUUAUAUAUUUAUUAUUAUUGUAGCUGGAAUAUCAUUAUUACAAGACCUUUGAAAAACACAAGCAGCAGACAGUAAGCAGUUUAUAAAGUGAUAUUAUUUUUAUUUUAUCUUGCCACAUAAAAAGAUACUGCCAAAGUUUGCAGAACAUUGUGUGCUUUUAUGUUAUUAAAGAUAUUGUUGUCUUUUGGCCAAAGAUACAACUGUGUUUCCUUCUUGUCAUUAUAGAUUUUUUCAUUUUAACUAAAGCAAUAUUUAACUUAAAACAGCAGUUACUCAAAUGUUUAUUUUCCAGGUAAACCAUACAGUUUUCACUUAUUCGCUUAUUUGUAAGUUUCAACUCUUCAGUAAAAAUAUUGCCAUUCAUUUAAUUUAGUUUGUUUAGUUUGCAUUUGAGUGAAAUAAUCCACUCCAACCUAUGGUAUUGUGAUAAAACUAAAAACCUGACAACUGGAGGAUGACAUUAAGUUGUUUUUUUUUUUGGUUUUUUUUGUUUUGUUUUUACCGUACAUUUAAAUGUUGAUAACAGCACAGCAGUGG